AUGACGAGCGCUUUUGACCGACGAAUUGAGCACUUUCAGCAUAAAGUGCAAGUUAAUAUAAAUCUUGCAGAUGAUGAAAUCGGACGCUUGUCUUCUGAUCUUACUGUUUUGCAAGGAGAAAUUGCUCAAACAAAAGAUCAACUAAAUCGCGUAAAUGUUAUGCUUUCACAGUCAGAACAAGCGAAGCAGGGAAAAAUUUCGCGUGAUAUCGCUAAAAAGAAGUCGAAAAUUGCAAAAAUAAAGACGCAAUACGAAAAUGAAAUCUCAGAACUAGUUGACAAACACAGAAAAGAAAUGGAAUCAUUACAAAGAGAUUAUCAAGAAUCUUUAUCUCGCCUGGAAGUAUGGACAAAGAAAAGAGAAACACAACGUACAGGAAAUAUUGAUAUUGCAAUUAAGCAAGCACAGGAAAUGUCACAACAGUUAUUAAGUACUGUAGGCAAAGCCGAAAAGGCAGCUCUUGAUGAUGCUGGCCCUGAUGUUGAAGAAUUGCAAGCAAUUGAAUAUGAAAGACUUUCUCGUUUGGAAACAGCUGUUAAGCAGAAAAACGAUGAAAGAUAUGCAUCUUUGAUGGCAGCUAAAUCAAGACUUAGUGACUGUGUAACUACAUUAGAAGAGAUGGAAAGGAAUCAAAUUCUUAAAAUUAAUUCACUCCAGAAUAAGUUAAAGGCUCUUGAUAACUCAUAUCAAAUGAGACAAAAGAGAUGUAUUGAUCAAAACACCCACCAAAUCGAAACUUUGAAGCGUAAACUUGAAGAGGCCAAGAGAAAGGAAGAUAUGAUGAAAGAUUCCAUCGAUAAGGUUGAAUCAGCUCAGAAGAAACAGAUAUAUUCAACUGUUCGUAAAGGAGAAGAGCUUAGACUUACAAUGCAAGCUGUUAACUCAGCACCAAGAACAGAAAAUAUUGAUAGUGAUGAUAUAUCAUAUGCCGAGUAUGAAAAAUUAAAGAAACUCUUGGAAGCUAAGGAGAAUGAGCUCAUAAAUGCUAGAACAGAAAAUGAAUCUAUGAAAAGAGAAUUAGGCCGUCUCAAACAUGAAGCAAAAAUGAAGAGUCUCAAAAGAAAUAACAAGAAUUUCUAA